AAUGAUGUUAAUAAUAAAACAAACUGGUAUGUAACAUUAAAUACAAAAAAUAUUGAUGAUAUAAAACAAGAAACAAUUGAUUUAUCUGAAAAUGAAAAUAACGGUUCAAUCGAAAUUAGUGAUGCUGUAAAUUAUGAAGAAAAUAAUUUAACAAAUAAUACAAAUAACAAUGAUACAUCUAAAAAAAAUGAAAAACAUUUACCAGAUAUUGAAAGUGAUGAUUCAAUAACACUUCGUGUUGAUGAAACUGUUAAUUCUCCACAAAAAAAUUCAACAAAUAAUUCAAAUAUAAAUGACUUGACAUCUAAAAAUAGUGAAAGUGAUGUAAACAAUGAUGCUGAAACAAUAAACAAUGAUAAUAUUGAUAAUAAAAAAUUUAAAAAAAUUCCACUUAGUAAGGAAUUUAUAUCAUCAUCAUCAUCAUCAUCAUCAUCAUCAUCUGAUGAUGAUGAAAGUACAGAUAAAAAAGAUGAAAAAAGUAUAAAAAAAGAAUCAAUAGAUACUGAAGAUUCAUCAGAUCAAGAGAGUGAUAAUUAUAAAUUAAUUAGUCAGUCAGUUCAGACAGAAUUUAGCUCUGAUGAUUCUGAUAAUGAUGAAAAUCAAAAUACAUAUUUUAUACCUGAAAAAAUACGUUCAAAAUCAUUUGGUUUAGGUAAAACUAAAAUUCCAGAACCAGCAAUUGCUGAUGUAUCAUAUAGUGAUGAUGAUGAUCUUGAUAAGGAUAGUAAAGUUUGUGAAUUGUCUAAAGAAGAUGCAAUGAAGCUAAAAAAAAUGCAAAUAAAAUUAGCUCAUGAACCACCAAUUCAACAUUGUAUUGAAAAACAUGCUGGAUCAACAACAUUAACACCAACUGAACGUGAAGAAUUUAAUAAAUAUGCAAAACUUAAACGAGGAUCAUUUGUACCUGAAGAAGAUGAUAUACUGAAAAAAAAUUGGCAAGAUUUUUGUUCACUUAAUGAUUGGGACGAAAAUAUUGUCAAACCAUUUUUACAGCUUCGUCAUAAUUAUGGAUACUACAUAUCGACUGUAGGAGAGCGAAAAAAAUUUUUAAGAUUUCUAGGAAGAGGAUUAAAUAAUCGUUCACUUUACAGUAUAUUUAGACGUUUUAAAGUAUUAUAUGAAACAAAAAAAGUAGCCAGGUACUCUAGUCAGGAAGAUGCAUUUAUUAUUAAAUGUCUAAAAAAUUCAACGAAGAAAAAUUUAUGCUCAAUGAUUGCUAGUGAAUUAAAACGAUCAAAUCAAUCAGUCUGGCGACGAAUAAAAGUUUUACAAGCAAAAGAUGAUAAAUUAUUAAAAAGAAAAUCAAACAAAUCAAAUGAAAAAAAAUAAACAAU